AUGUCACUCAAUGGAAUUUGCAACGGUAACGAAGAUGUGGUGUCGGAAAAGCAACUGUUCGAUGCUCUUUAUGGAAUGGAGGUUUUUCGGUUAGGCGAGUUUUACCUCAAGUCUGGUCAGCUCACUCCAAUCUACAUUGAUCUUCGUCGCGUUAUCAGCAACCCACGAACACUGCAUCUAGUUGCUCAAGCUGUUUGCGAUUUCGUUAUCGCUAAGGGGCUCGUUUACGACUGUGUAGUAGGUGUUCCUUAUGCUGCGCUUCCGCUAGCCACACACGUAAGCAACAUAUUGGACGUCCCUAUGCUCAUGAAGCGAAAAGAAUCGAAGUCGUAUGGGACGAGGAAGCUUGUAGAGGGUGUUUAUGCUACGGGCGAUACGGUCCUUUUAAUAGAAGAUGUUGUUACCACAGGCGAAUCCGUACGUGAAACAGCGGAGGCUCUUCGAGAAGAAGGUCUGAUGGUUACAGAUGCCAUAGCUGUUUUAGACAGACAGCAAGGAGCGACAGAAAACUUAGCCGAUGAUGAAAUUGACUUCCAUAGCAUUUUAACAAUGGAAAGAAUCCUCGAUGGUAUGAUAGAAAAGAAGAAGAUCACCACCGAAAGGAAGUGUGAGAUCAUAGAACAUUUGAAGAAACCCUUCUGA